AGUGUUUGGUUACAAGCCUUUUAUGGGCCCCAGCUCAGCUGGGAUAUCAGUAUCUGUAUUAUAGCUCCUAUCUAUUCUUAGGUGGCACUUCAGCAGGACUGAGCAGAGCCUUUUUGGUGACCUGCGUAAAAGAGUUACAAAAUGUCUUACAACGUGACUCUAAAUGGACCUGGACCAUGGGGUUUCCGACUGCAAGGGGGAAAGGACUUCAACAUGCCCUUGACCAUAUCCAGAAUCACCCCUGGCAGCAAAGCAGCCCAGUCCCACAUGAACCAGGGGGACCUUGUGGUAGCCAUUGAUGGAGUCAACACAGAUGGCAUGACCCACUUAGAGGCCCAGAACAAGAUCAAAUCAGCCAGCUACAACCUGAGCCUUACCCUUCAAAAAUCUAAACGCCCAGUUCCAGUUCCAACAGCCACACCUAAAGUUGACUCUCCCAGGCCUGUAAUUCCCCAUCAGAAGGACCCUGCUUUGGAAAUCAGUGGCAACAGAACAACCUUCAGUCCUCUAACUAGCACAGCGACUGGGCCUUUGGGUAGUAUUUUAGCCACCAAUGGAACAUUUUCAGGCUACCUCAGCAAGCAGGAGAUCAGCUGUUCAAAUAGCUCUUCCUUCUUAAAGACCACUGCAGUUAGAACUUCCAUGGCCUCUCUAUCUGUGACACCUGACAUUUCACCUGCAAAGAGUAACCUAGGUUCAAAACUAAGUCCUGUGUUCACUGAUGGCAGUAGUCCUAAACACCAGCUGAGCCCUGCAAGGCAAUAUAACAACCCCAUUGGCCUUUACUCAGCAGAGACUCUAAAGGAAAUGGCUGAGAUGCAUAAAUUAAGUCUCAAACGAAGGGCUUCAGAAGGUGGACUUCCUAGAGGCACUGAGUAUGUGGAACGCUUCAACCCUAAUGUCCUGAAGGACUCUGCCCUGUCUACACACAAACCCAUUGAGGUGAAAGGCCCGGGUGGCAAGGCCACUAUAAUUCAUGCCCAGUAUAACACCCCGAUCAGCAUGUAUUCCCAGGAUGCUAUCAUGGAUGCCAUCGCAGGCCAGGCACAGGCCCAAGGUGGUGAACUUGCUGGUGAAUCUCCGUUGGCUAGCCUUCCUGUUAAAGAUCCUCACAUAGAUAGUGCCUCUCCGGUGUAUCAGGCUGUGCUUAAAACUCAGAACAAGUCUGAGGAUGAGCUUGACGACUGGACUCGCCGUUCUGCCAAUCUGCAGUCCAAGUCUUUCCGCAUCCUUGCCCAGAUGACCGGAACGGAGUACAUGCAAGACCCGGAUGAAGAAGCCCUGAGGAGAUCAAGUGGCAAGGAAAAUGUUGCUGCAGCAGCUGAAAACAGCCCUACAGGUUCUCAUCAUGUGGCACAGUAUGUGACCUCAAGUGUUUGGCAUCCUCCUAAGUCACGCACCAUGGAUGCCAACAUUGACAAAGCUAAGCCAGUGGCCUCCAAGGGUUCCGUGAGGUUUGGAACGGGUACAAGUCAAAGGGAAGCCAGUUACAUCAGGACUGGCCAGAAAGCCCCUCUUACUUCAUCCAAUAAUCAAAGUACCCCUGUUGAGCAUGCGCCAGUGUCUACCAGCUCUGCCUCUGCUCCUGUGCCAGUUGCUUCAGCCAAUCAGUCUGCUACUGCUACUCAAAACACAUCCAGUCAGAUGACACCACCAUCAGCCACUCCCAUCUCUGUAGUACAAGAUUCCUUCUCUUCCUCUUUCCAAAGCUUCAACCGGCAUUCUUCCACCUCCAUCAGCUACCAGUCAAAAAAGAGAGGUACGGGCCAGUCCUAUACAUCAACACCGGUUUCCCAGGGUACCGCUUCUUCCUCAGGCUACAGUGAAAGUCCAGUUCCUGCUCCAAAACCAAGAGUUGUCACUACUGCUAGCAUAAGGCCCUCUGUCUACCAGCCAGCGCCAGCACCGGCACAAGCACCAGUGCAUUCUUAUGCACCAGGCAAGGCUGAUCCUUCAUGCCGCCCUCCUUGGGUAACAGAUGACUCCUUUUCCCAGAAAUUUGCACCUGGAAAAACCACCACCUCUGUUACCAAACAUACCCUGCCACGGGGUGCUCCAGCACCAUCUCCUGCCUCAACUUCAGCCUACUCGUCUCCUUCAAUACCAGCCUCUUCCCAGACUCCUGCUGUAGCCCGGGGAACAAUUCAAAGGGCUGAGCGUUUCCCAGCCAGCAACCGAACUCCUCUCUGUGGACACUGUAACAGCAUCAUUCGGGGUCCUUUCCUGGUAGCCAUGGGUCGUUCCUGGCACCCAGAGGAGUUCAACUGUGCUUACUGCAAGACAUCUUUAGCAGAUGUGUGCUUUGUGGAGGAGCAGAACAGUGUGUACUGUGAGCGCUGUUAUGAACAGUUCUUUGCACCAACCUGUGCCAGAUGCCAUACCAAGAUCAUGGGGGAAGUGAUGCAUGCUCUAAGGCAGACUUGGCACACGACUUGCUUUGUCUGUGCUGCCUGUAAGAAACCGUUUGGGAAUAGCCUCUUCCACAUGGAGGAUGGGGAGCCCUACUGUGAGAAAGAUUACAUUGCUUUGUUCAGCACAAAAUGCCAUGGCUGUGAUUUUCCUGUUGAAGCAGGAGAUAAAUUCAUUGAAGCCCUUGGACACACUUGGCAUGAUACCUGCUUUAUUUGUGCUGUGUGCCAUGUGAAUUUGGAAGGUCAGCCAUUUUACUCCAAGAAAGAUAAGCCACUGUGCAAGAAACAUGCUCAUGCCAUCAAUGUCUAAAAGAAGACCUGGAAGCUACUGGCACUGUGAGAAAAUUGGCAACGAACUGAGAAAUUGCAAAAAGGAUAACCCCAACUGACAUUUCUCAUUGAGGGGAGGGUAGGAAGGCUAGGAAGCUAUUGAACACUUCUGAAGUAUAACUUUAAUCACUUUUAUAUUUGCAGAGCAUUUUUUUGCAUGGUCCAUACAGAAAGCUGAAUGAACACUCAAUGGCAAAUUAGUCAAUCUGAGUCAAAUAUUACUGCAAAAGUUAGAACAAAAAUUAAAGAGAUUAAAAUUAAUUUUAAAAAAUGUUUUAUGUAAAAAUAAGUAAUAAAAAUACCCAGACCAGCCUUAGAGCUGAGACCAUACACUAGUGUUUAAAAACAAUUAAAAAUAAUUCUUGAAAUUUGUUACAAGAAAAUAUUAAAUGCCAAAAUAUUAAUUGUAAAAUAAUGUAUAGAAUCAUAGCUUUUAAAUUAAGAUAAGUAGAUCAGGAUUUCCUCACCAAAAAGGAAGUAUUAUUCCAUUAUUUAUGUCAUGGUGCUAUAUCCAAGCAUCAAUUUUUUGAAUGAACUAGAGCAGGGGUCGGCAACGGUUGGCACACGGCUCGCCAGGGUAAGCA